CUUCCCAACUUUACAACUGGCUCUGGAACCAAUUGUCACUCCUAAUGCCUAAACCUCACAGCCAAUCAGAGGCAGAGUGGGGAGAGGUUUACAGACCCAUCUUACAUUAUCUUCUAGUAGAAACAAUUUUAAUACAAUAUAAAAAAUGAUUAUUGGUCUAUUGGUCUAUUGGAUGUGCUUUACAAUGAGUACCUGUCGCUGGUGCACGUCAGUUGAAAAUGGUGCCGCAGAGCUGCUCCAGAGCUACGGUUCUGGCUCGCUCUCGGUCGAAGAUGAGGAGGCGGUCAACGCGGACCUCUGCUUCUGCAACGAGUGUGUUCUGGAGUACCACAAAGCGAGGGAAAACUUCCCUGCACUGCAUAAGAGGCUUUGGGAGCUGGAGACAUCUCGGCUCGUCAGCCACUUCUCUCAGUUUUCAGAAGAGGAGCUGGAAGAUGACGAUCUCUGGGUCAUCGAAGAUAAUCAGGAGGAGACCAAAGUGUCUAAAACAAACCCCGCGGAGUAUGCUAAUCUCCUACGCUUCCCUCUGCUAGAGAUCCUGAAAUACCCGUACCUAAUGGCUCAUCGCCAACUGAGUGAAAUGUGUGUCGAGGCUCUUUGUAAGAUGGAGAAAUCAAACCAAUCCUUUCAGGUUACUGAAAAAAACCCAGGCAUCUACCUCCUCUUAGUUCAUCCCAAUGAGACGGUGAGGCGGUGGGCCAUCAACGUGGCCAGGUCUCUGGGCAACGUGGACAGAGAUGACUUCUAUGACCUCCAGGAGAUAUUUUCCUGCAUGUUCUGUGUUGUGGAGCUUGGAAUCUCCCGGAACCUCCGGGGGAUUGACAUCACCUACGACCCCACCACCAAGAUGACAAUGCUGCCAUCGCAUCUGUAUGAUUCUAAGAACGACAAGAACUACUGGCUGGGCAUCUGCAUGCUUCUGACCCAGUUGGACACACAAGCCAUGGACUCUCUGUUCCUAGGACCAGACAAACAGGCCAACAUCCUCCAGUGCAUCCUCAAUACGAUGAAGAAUAGCAUGGAGGACGAAGAGGAAGAUGGGAAGGAGGACCCCUUCUGGCCGGCCCUGCAGUGCUUCAUGGUGAUCUUGGACCGGCUGGGCUCCAGGAUCUGGGGUCAGAUAGACCCCAUCCCUGCCUUCACGACUAUCACAGAGAGCGCCAGCUACAUGAAAGAGAUUGAAUGCAUAAGAAAGGAAUCUCAGAUGGCGCAAGUCAAAGUGGAGUUUGGGCUUGAUGAUGAUGAUGAUGAUAGCACGUUGACAUGCAGUCAAAUGGUGUAUUGUGCUAACGUCCCAGACCGGAGCAAGGAAAAGAGAGGGCGACGCUCCUAUGGUGCGGACGGCAGCAUGGUCUACGAGGAAAUGAACUGUCUGGUGAAUUACCUGCAGUCUGAUCUGGGUCAGGCCCUGCGCAUCCACAACAGCACCUUCCUGUGGUUCAUCCCCUUCGUCAAGUCCAUCAUGGACCUCAUCGACCUCAACAACGUACACAUCAACGAGGUCAUCCAGUAUCUAUACGGAGAAAUGAACAGGGACUGGCAGGAACGAAGGUCGACCUGCGACAAGGUCUCCGAGUUCUUUACCCUCAUUCUCAUUUACAUCAUCAAUCUGCACCUGGAGAGUGGAUGCAUGAACAUGCUCUUCUACUGUGCCCCCAACUGGGUGGAGGUGUUGGUGAAGACUGCUACACUUCCCGGUGAGGCUUUCAAGGGCUUGGAAGUGCCAAGCUCUCACUCUGUCUCCUCCACUUCGUCAUCGAGGUUGGCACCGCCUCGCAAGACGGCUUCGAACAGGGCGAUACCUCAGGCUUGCAUGGGUCUCAUCCGGGCCCUGCUUAAGGAAGGCAGCAAGCUGUGCUCCAACACCCCUCAACAGACCGCCAAGUGUUCCCAUUUCUUGGAUCUCUUGAACCAGCAGAUGAGAGGCCCCCAAAAGGAUUGGAUAUUAAAUGGGUUAGAGGUCAAGCAUCUGCAGAACUGUUUGAAGCAGUUUGUCAGGCAGAUGAUGGACAAACCAGCUAGAACAAUCACCCCACCAGCUGAAGCCUUGAAUGCUGGCCAUGCAUCACCACCUGUUUGUGCACCAUCUGACCUUCCAGGGCCAAGCGGUUUGAUAGUAGGUAGCCGUCCCAUUAAAGAGGAAGUAUCGUUGGAUUACAAUGAAUAUGCUCCCCAUAAUGGCAGCAAUCGUAGCGCACAGCUACUGGAAGCACCAUCACUGAAGACGGAAUUUAUUGAGGUACCUGUAACAGCGAAAGACAUCUCUGCUUCACCUCCGAUCCCCGAGAUGUCCUCUUUGAGACCAGAUCUGGGAAGAAUUCUGGAAUUAAAAUCCAAACUCAGUGAGCUGAUGUCUAACAAGAAUGCAGGCGUAAAGAACAGCAUGGCCUUUGAGCGUCGGAGCAGAGACGAGACAGGAAGUCCCAAGCCCUCCACAUCUAACUCUGACAGAACAAGGACAGAGGUUAUUAGCCCCCCUGCUGAUUCCACUGAAAGCGAAUCCGUCGACGAUACUCGCCUUUCGGUGUUGAAAAGAACGAACGUGAUAGCCCAUAUACCUCCUGGCAGUGGGCACAAACUUGACAGAUCCGUGUUCAAUGAAACAAGAGAGGAUGUCAUUGUAAUAUCGGAUGGCGAUACCGAUGUGGAGUCGGAGGAAGACCUUUUUUUUGUGAAGCAAAUGAUCAAGAGCAAACCCUCUGGCAUGAACCACAGCCCGUGUUGUGAAUAUGAGGGGGACGAAUCACAGGUGUUUGAGUUUGAGACGCAGGAAGAUGUUGUAUCUGCUUGGGCUGACUCGGGUCUAGAGGACGACAAUGUGCAGCAAGUUGUUCCUCCCAAGACUAAAAAUGAUUGUCCCGUCAGACCAGCGUUUAGUGAAACCUCAGCUUUUCCUGAAAACGACACACAACCAAUUUCAGAUGAAGACAUAGAAAGAGCCAUGCUAGAGGCAGAGGAGGGGAUAGCCAAGGAGAAGAGGCCUCCUCAAGAUCGUAAACGUGCCACCAUUGUCCCAAAAAAUGAUAUUUUUGUAGAACCGAAACCACUUCCUGUUAUAGCCCGGAGCAAGAAACCUGACCAUGAAGAGAGGAGAUCCAAAGUACAUGCAAUGAUUGCCCCUCAGUUUACCAUGCCGCUUCCCAAGACAGCAGACCAUACUUCUGACUCCACUUGGAAAGAGAGGGAGGCCCAACCCUCUCUCUCGAAGCCUACCUCCUCCAGGACCGAGAAAGAGAUCCAGGCUUCCUCCUCCUCUGCCUCCAAUUCAAGGCCAGCCCAAUCUACCUCCAUGCCAGCGAUUGUACCCCCAAAAAAGGUCCGUAAGGCCAAGGAGCCCGAGUCCACGGCGGAGAAGCUAGGUCUCAAAAAGAAAGAACGAAAGGCCUUUGAUUUGUCCCAGCGAUCCCGGGACUACGUGGACCAGCUGAGACUCCACGGCCAAGGAGUUCAAGUAGAGCCGGCAGGGAGGAAGCGCACCAGAAAGACCAAGAAGGCCAAAGUCCGUACCUCUGACACGCUUGUAGUGCCGGGUACUAAAAGGAAGCUCAUACCCCCAAAGCAACUCCAGUUCUUCAGGCAAGCCAAGUCCAAGCAGCAGGGGAGUGGGUCGGGGACCCCAGCAAUCCCCGGGGAGAAUGCUGAGGAAGACGCCCGUGGGCAGAAAAAGAAAGAGCCCGAGCGAAGAGCCCUUCCACUCAUGUUUUCAGACGAGGAGGAUGAAGAUGAUCCCCUGCCUUGCUCCCAGCCAGAUCCGGAGAAGGAGGUCUCCAAAGCAGCGAUGAAUGGGAACGCGCCAGAAUCUACCACCACCUUGAGCACCGCCUCAUCCAGCACAGAUAUUCCAAUCUCCAAAUAUGUCCAUGGGAAAGAUGAUGCCACUGCUAGCAGCUCUGGCCAGGCUGCCAGGGGGGAGGAUAUGCUUGGUAAUGAUAAUUACGACUAUGAAUGGAUGCUGUACACUCAAACAGGGACCACAGAUAUGGAGAUGUCCUCUCAAAUGGAGGAAAAUGAAGAUGGAUUCUAUACGCAGCGAGAUCCUGUAGACAUGGACAUUGACGGAGACAGCCAGGAAGCCGCGGAUGGAGAAGAUCCGCCAGGCCACCUGCAGGCAGAUCCGAACCACGGCUUCAAAAAACCGUCUGCGCCUCCAUCUGCCACCGCAGCUGCUCAGAACGACGAGCGCUUGUUCCUGAAACCGGGCAUGUCUCCGAUGUCUUCCAGGAACGCCAAGCCGUCCACCACCAAGAUCUAUGCUUCGACGUCAAGGUCCAGAAGUGCUUCGCUGGUGCAGGAGAUGGAGAAGACUGCUGCAGGUCCGGCUGGUUGUGCUUCGGGAAGGGGCAAGUUCAUCAAGCCCCCCCAGCCUGUCCGGAGACCUGGUGUCCCCCAGCCUCACCCGCCCCCCCAAGCACAGUCUGUACAAAUGCCUCCAUCAAGACAACCAUUAUAUAAAUCCAUUCCACCUAGAACCUUCCCCUUAGGGUCUAUCCAGGUCCCCCAGCCUGUCCAGCCCCAAAGCUCUCCCUAUAAGAUCUACUCCAGACCCGAAGCCCCUGUGAUAGCCAAACAGGCACCACCAAGGGACCCGAACAUCCUUUUGGACCCCUCCACCCCUAUCCAGAACAUUCUAAGGUGGACCUACGAUAUGUUUACCAACUACAAGCAGUUUGGAGCGCCCACAGACCUGUGUGCCUUCCCGUUGGUGCCAGUGGGCACACACUUUAAGUCCUUCGAUGAGUACUACAAGACCUUUUACCCUUUGUUGCUCAUCAAUGCGUUUGAAGAGCUUUGCUCUGAUUGGCAGAAGAACAGUGGAACAAGACAGAUGGGGCUGAACUUGGUCGGAAAUGACUUCCGCAACGGUGUAUGGAACGUCACUUUCAAGGCGAGCCUCACUCCCAUUGAAGAGUCCCGUCAGCUAUACCCUAAGGAGGAUGACCUGGUGGUCCUGUGGCUGCCUCAGAACACUGGAGCUUACGCUAUACGCGAGCAAGAACAAAUGGAGCCCAAGGCAUACUUCGGUUGUGUCCACAAGUCCAACGUCCUAAGCGAGGGCCAGUCCACCAUCCUAACCAUGAUCAUCAAGACCUGUGGGAACGUCACGUCGGUGAACAAGAUGCCCGUGCGGUGUGAGGUGGUGGGUUCCCUCAUCAGCACCCUGCGGGAGUUCAGGGCCCUGGUCAGUCUGAAGAGCAGUCCCCUGAACAGGUCCCUCCUGGCCCCCCAGAUCUCCUACUUCACCCCUGGCGAGUUGGACGGCCCCGCCCUCAACCUGGCAGAGUAUAACUCAGAACAGCUGAAGGCCGUAAGGAACGGGGCGUCUUCUGUCAGGAACCAGGCCAAGGGCCCCAAGGUCUGCCUGAUCCACGGACCUCCAGGAACAGGCAAGAGCAAGGCGAUUGUAGGCCUGCUCAUGAAUCUCUUCUCUGGGGGUGCCCAGAGCAUGGCCCCUACUUCCGCCAACCGCCUCUCCAAGCCCCGUCGUCUCCGGGUCCUCCUCUGCGCCCCCUCCAACGCCGCCAUCGACAACCUGAUGAAGAAGGUCAUCGUGGCCUUCAAGCAGAAGCACCUGAGCCUCGGCCUCGGGCAGCGGCCCCAGGGCAACUGCGGGGACAUCAACCUGGUGAGACUGGGCAGCGAGAAGGUCAUCAGUAAGAAGCUCGCCGACUUCAGCCUGGACAACCAGAUCAAGAGCCGAACGGAGAAGGCCAUGUUACAAAACCCAGACGUACACCGGCGCAGAGCUCAGCUUGAGGACUGGAUCUACAAAAUCUCCUUGGAAAUCAGCUGUGAAAAGGCAGCAAAUAAGGACAGUCCUAAGUACAGGGAGUUGGUUGAGAAGAAGACCAGACUGGCCAACGAGAGACAAGCCCUCAGCAGUGAGCUCAAGCAGAGUCGCAGUAGGAAGCAGGAGAUGCAGGCCAGGGUUCUCAACGACGCUCACGUCAUCUGCUCCACGCUGAGCACCAGCGGCAGCAUGGUCCUAGAGUCCGCCUUUCGACGCCUCGGACACGAACCCUUCAACUGCGUCAUCGUGGACGAGGCAGGUCAGGCCACAGAGACAGAGACCCUGAUCCCCAUGCUCUACCGCUGCAGCACACUCAUCCUGGUGGGAGACCCCAACCAGCUGCCCCCUACUGUCGUCUCCCAGAAAGCGAAGGAGCUGGACUACAGCCAGUCUCUGAUGGCCCGGCUGUGUCAGCGCCUGAGCCUCCUCAGCCAGGAGCAGGGCUGCCCCAGCCCCGUGGUGUUCCUACGGAAACAGUACCGCAUGCACCCCGACAUCUGCGAGUUCCCCUCCAAGCACAUCUACAACAAGAUGCUCCUCACAGACAGUGCUACAGGGGAGGAGAGAUGUGCUGCCAGCUGGCCUUUCCAGCCCUACCUCCUGUUUGACGUUGCGGAUGGCCAAGAGGUCAAGGACAGAGAGUCGUUCUGCAACGAGAAGGAGGCGCGCCUGGUGCUGCUGCUGCUGCGGCUGAUGAACGGCCACGUGCUGGCGGCCACCAAGAAGCAGGCGGGCGCCCUGCUGGACAAGAAGCAGGUGAAGGUGGGCGUGAUCACGCCGUACAACGGGCAGAAGGAGCGCGUCAGGAGGGAGAUGACGCGGGAGGACUUUGGAUACGUCCAGGUGGUGGUGGACACAGUGGACGGCUUCCAGGGCCAGGAGAUGGACUGCAUCAUCGUGUCCUGUGUCCGGGCGGGCCAGGACGGCAUCGGGUUUCUGGCUAACAGACAGCGGAUGAAUGUAACCAUCACACGAGCCAGAUGUAGCCUGUUCAUUCUGGGUCACCUGCGCACACUCAAGGGCGACAGUGACUGGGGUGCGCUCAUCAAUGACGCCAGCAGGAGAGGCACCAUCGUCCGCGCUGAGGAGAAGGCCUUCAACGGCGCCGUCCAGAAGAUCUUCAAGCCCUCGCCCUCCCUCGCCCGGAACCUGUCCUACCUCGCUCCUAACCCUUCCUCCCAACCAGAGGCCCCCAGGCCCGCCUCCGUCAGUCAGCGUCGCUCCACCUACCCCGUGCCCUCGGCCCAGGCCAGUGGCCUCUCCCUCCAGCAGCACCCCAGCGACGCCUCCCCUCCCCAGGUCGUAGCGCGACCCACCGACCCCCGGCUGGCGGCGAGAGUCCCAAAGCCCCCCGACCAGAAGGCCCAGUCGCUCAAGCCCCCUUCCGCCCGCCUGCCUCUCGCCCCCCAGGCUCUCCAGAAGAGAGAGGAGGCGUCGCCCCGCUGCCCCCCUCCGCCCCCCCAGCCCAGGGUCGAGGCUCUUCGGGAGACGGGCCGAGACCAUGCGGCGGUCAACAGAAAAAGGGUCCGCUUCAGUGACACUGGGCAAAAGCAGGUCAAGAGCACUCAGGAUAUCAGCUCGUGGGCGCCCUCUGCAGGCGGCAACAGCAGCAGCAGGGACCCCAGAGCAGCCGUGUACAACCGGGAGGCCCAAGUGGACGGCUGCCGAACCGCGUGCGCCCGGGACCCCGCCGCCGAAGCCCCCCGCCGUCCCAGAGGACGACGUAGCGAUCCCACCCCGCGGGGGGACGCCCCCAGAGAGCCGCGAGCAGGGGAGGCCAGGAGAGAGCCCGCUACGAGCAGCCCCAGUGGGGGAGAGGCAGAGGAGCACCAACGCAUUCGACCCAUGGACCACUCCCAUGAGAGGGGCUCCAAAGCUCUCCUGCUAGGGGCCGGAGAGAGGGACACGCACUCUGUUUCAGGAGCCGCGCCCCCCCCAGCACCAGGGGACCGGACGGCCCGAGACCCCCGAUUGACUGGCUCCGCCCACAACAAGGCUCGCUCCCCGCACCUCGACCCCCCCACACACGCCACCAAGGGACUGAAACGCUCCUUAGACCAGCACAGGGACGGCCCCUCCAGUUCCAAGAGAGCAAAGAGAUGAGUGGAACGUCUUAGUUUGGUUCUUUUUUUUAUAUUGAUUUGGUCAAAGGUGUGGACUUGAUGAGAGAGAGAAGAGUUCUCCUCAGACCCAAAGUUCUCAACAAGAGUCUAGGUUUCGAUCUCGGCCGUUUGUCCUGGGUCACUUCUGAUGUGUCUUUAUAACUACGGCCCAAUUCCACUGUGGGCUGGAUUUUUGUUUCAGUUUUCCCUUGUUCAACAAUGUCAAUGAUCUUGCCAAGAACACUGGGAUGAAAACGGGUGUUUUUCCAGAUGUAAAGUAGAGCCACUUAAAUGCACUUAAUGCAAUACGUGUGUGUGUGUAUAUAUAUAUAUGUGUAUAUAUUAUGUCGAUGCUGUUGUUUUCUUUUGUGAUCAGUUUUUGGGGACUGAUUGUGUGAGAUUCUCUUUUACAUAGCCCCCCUCCCCCCCUCCCCUUUAUUCCUAAAGCUGUGUGUGUAUUUGUACUGAAGCCGUUUUAACGUUUGUCUUUUGGUUUCUCAUCAUUUCCAUAUCCUGUUUCUAACUAAAAUUCCACUCAAAAGUCAGAACUCGAGCUAAUGGCCUCUCUGAUAACCCCAAGGUUGACAUCUGGGGGGGUGCUGACAGUAAAUAGACCUGGAGAGAAAUGCAUAAUAUAAGACAGACUUUCUGAGCUUUUUGAUUGGUUCAAGUGAAGAGGGGGGAGAUAAAUCAAGGGUGCCCAGACUGAGUGGGUUUAUGAAUGGUCUUCCAACCAGAUGUAGUUUAAGGAAAAAGCUUCUCGUCUCGGUCAGGGAUACAUAGAGAGACCUGUGCAGUAUCCCUUGCUAUAGGUUUCGUUCAGCAGCUGCCAAAAUGAUUCCCUCCCUUGGUUAUCUGCAUCAGAUUAUGUUUGUACAAUUUCUUUUUCCAAUUUUCUUUUAAAGAUCUUACCUUUUGUUGACGUACCAGGUGUGGCUUAGAGACACUUUCAAAUAUAUUGGGAACCUGUUGAGCCAGAGACCUAAACGUGGAUUUGUUUUUAAAUCGACCAUAGUUUUUUAAGCAUUACGUUCUAUUGCGUAUAAUAAAUUGGUGCCCUAUUUUGAGAGGAUCUGCAGAACUCUGUUAUGUUCUGAAACUUGGACGAGACUGUCCAGAGCUUUUUUUUUUUACUUUUUCACAAGAUGCUAAAAUAAAAAGAGAACUUUGUUGACUGA